GAUAACGAUAGCCGUAGUAGCCGUAGUCAUUUACAAUUUUCGUGACAAAUAUAACAAAUGUGUUGUUUCCCGAGUGUGUGAGUGCGUGCAAAAAGCUAGUGUUAAUUAUUAAUUGCUAACAAUAGUGUGACAUCCAAUCGAAGAGACACGCGGCAGCAAUAAAAGCAACAUGAGUGGCGGUGGCAUGGAUAAAAGAAAACUGUCCACAUCGGGCGAUUCGCUCUAUGAAAUCUUGGGACUUCCUAAAACAGCAACAGCUGAUGAUAUCAAGAAGACUUAUAGAAAACUUGCACUUAAAUACCAUCCAGAUAAAAAUCCAGACAACGCUGACGCUGCCGAUAAGUUCAAGGAGGUCAAUCGGGCACACUCGAUACUGAGCGAUCAGACGAAACGCAAUAUUUAUGAUAAUUAUGGUUCACUGGGUCUCUACAUUGCCGAGCAGUUUGGCGAGGAGAAUGUGAAUGCGUACUUUGUGGUCACAUCGCCGGCGGUAAAGGCCUUGGUCAUUUGCUGCACAUUGCUGACGGGCUGCUGUUGUUGCUGCUGCUGCUGCUGCUGUUGCAACUUCUGUUGCGGCAAGUUUAAACCACCGGUGAACGAGUCGCACGACCAGUAUUCACAUUUGAAUCGCGCUGAUGGCAAUCGAGAGGCCAGCGAUCUGCCACCGACUUUGGGACAAAAUCCACGUCUUGAGGACGCUGAUCUCGACGAUGUCAACCUGGGCGCAGGAGGCGCACCUGUUACCACACAGCCGCGCGAACAGGCUGGUGGUCAGCCCGUUUUCGCCAUGCCCCCGCCAAGCGGCGCUGCGGUUGGCGUGAAUCCCUUCACCGGAGCACCGGUGGCGGCCAACGAGAACACAUCGCUGAACGCAACAGAACAGACCACAUACACACCAGAUAUGGUUAAGCAAAAAUAUUAGGUUCAUGCUUCAAGCGAGACAAACCCCAAUUCAUGAGAGCGUUUUGAACAGCCACACACACUUUUUUUAUUCCUUUUAAUUGUUAAAAAUUUGGUAUGUUCAAUAAAUCGGAAAAAAAAAUAUAUAUAUAUAUAUACACACACUUAUAUUUAUCAUAAGCUUUAGAACAUAACUCUAAUUUAUAAUCUGAAUUGUAAAGCGAAAGCUAGCACGUUUUAAUCAAUCCGAAAGAAAGAAAUUCACAAUAAUAUUCGAAAUGUAAUUUGCUACGAACAAACUAAGAUGCAUACAGGAAAUGUUCGCGAUGACGAGAAAUGCAAAUUGAAUUGAGAAUAGGACGCAUUAAUUAAUAUUCAGGCAUUCAUGCUAUAACAUAUAUUGAUAGGUAUUUAAUCAGCGCGUUUGCAUAUAAUCAAUUACCAUAUGAUACUUAGAUACUGGCCUAAAGUGUUAUUGUUUCAUAUACAUACAUAUAUAUAUAUAUGUGUAUUCCUUUAACUGCGAAUUGUAACUAUAUUUCGAAAUUAGCAAGAUCGAGCAAAGAGUUAAACUACUUAGAAGAUAUGCCAAUAAAACCAAAUUGUAAAGACAAUGGUCGAUGGUCGAUGGUCGCGUGGCCCUUGUAUCUAAUUGCAUCGGAUUGUAUCUAAACAGUAAGCUUUACUUUUAACUACGUCUAUGUAUGUGUGUGCCACAUAUACCAUAUUAGAAUUAAUUUGCAUUUGUGUGUGAGUGCCCAUAGCAAGUCGCCUCUUAGCUAAGAAAAAUAUUUGUUGUUAAAACUGGUCUUUCGUCUGGCAAAUGAAGCGUGUGUACAUUUGCCCAGCAACUUUUCGAAAUUAGUUUACACAAAAUUGUUAAAAUAUAUAUAUAUAUAUAAACACAUAUGUAAAGAAUCCAAUAAACUGUUGCUCUUGCUGAACAAUGGGUCGCUGAUGCAGACGUAUCGAGCUCUAGUCUGUGGCCUAUUGUGUUAACUGCAAAUGUAUAUAAGUCAA